AUGGACAGCAAACAAGAGCCCCUUGCCGUCAUCGGAUACUCCUACAGAGCACCAGGAGUAGGUCGCUCAAAUCUCUGGGAACUUCUCGAACAAGCAAAGAGUGCCUGGUCACCAGUGCCGGCCGAAAGAUUCGAUGCCAAAGCAUAUUACCACCCAUCCUCCGAACGAGCUGGUUGUGUGACUUCGCAUGGAGGUCACUUCCUCCCGGGAGAUGUAUUUGCUUUUGACGCUCCAUUCUUCAACUUCCGAUCAGAUGAGGCCAAAUAUGUGGAUCCAAAGGUCCGCAUGCUACUGGAGUGCACCUGGGAGACAAUGGAGAGCGCAGGCGUUCGACCUCUCGAUCUUGCCCGUAGCCGAAUAGGAGUGUUUGCUGCCACGGGUGCUUCGGACUAUGUGGGUCAGCUCAUGGAUGAUAUGCCCACGGCCUCAAGCUUCACUGCGCUAGGCACUGCUCCAUGUAUGACGAGUAAUCGUAUCUCGCAUUUCUUUGAUCUGGUCGGUCCGUCCGUGUCUUUGGAGGCCGCAUGUGCGACGGGCGGUUACGCUUUACACAUGGCUUGCCAAAGCGUAAGAUCGGGUGAAUGUUCGGCUGCUCUGGUUGGUGCCUGUAUAUUAAACCUUGGGCCCGAGAACUUCAGCACUCUUGACACGGUGGGAACUCUGUCGGUCGACGGGAAGAGCUACAGCUGKGAUGCUCGUGCUAAUGGUUUCGGAAGAGGUGAGGGUGCUACCUGCCUUUUGAUCAAACCACUCGCAGAAGCCAUCAAGGCCGGAGAUCCCAUCCGCGCAGUUAUUAAAAACACCACCGCCUCUCAUUGUGGGCGUACCCCUGGAAUUUCUAUGCCGUCUCAGCAGGCACAUGAGAGUCUAUUCCGCGAUCUUCAUGAGCAGGUUGGCUUAGAUCCUCGGGAUACGACAUAUGUUGAGGGACAUGGAACUGGUACUCCAGUUGGAGACCCAGUUGACGCGAGUGCUAUUGCCGCCGUAUUUGGACGGGAUCGGUCCCCUUCCCUCCCGGUGUAUCUGGGAUCGAUCAAGGCAAACAUAGGACAUCUGGAAGAAGCAUCUGGAUUGUUGUCAGUCGUCAAAAGUAUCAUGAUGAUAGAGCGCGAGCGUCUUCUACCCACCGCCUUCUUUGAAACGUUGAAUCCAGCUAUCAAGAGCGGCGAAAAGCUUUGCGUCUUGAAAGAGUCGCUAGCUUGGCCUCCCGGUACGCUCAAACGUGUAGCCAUAGGCAAUUAUGGUUUUGGUGGUGCYAACGCUGCUGUCUUGCUGGAAGAAGCCCCCUCUGACUCCACUCGCGACGGAGACCUUGCCCAAGAAGUCAACGGCAGCGUCAAUGAAUCACCUAAAGAGCAAGGUCAAAAGCUCUUUGUCUUCUCUGCAAAGUCAUCUCACAGCCUGGACGCGUACUUGACAACGUUCCAGCAGUAUGCACUCGAUCUUCCCCAGGAGUCUACAAAGGAUUUGUGUUUCACUCUUGGGCAACGUCGAGCCCAUCUUCCAUACCGCGCAGCAUUCACAGCGGACUCUACUUCCUCUCUCUCGGAAGUCAUUGCUGCUAGCUUAGCUUCUACUGCGGGCAAGUUGAGCAAGAGUGGAGAUCUUGACAUAACAUUUGUGUUCACCGGACAAGGCGCUCAGUACUUCCGCAUGGCUUUGGGUCUAUCCCACUAUCCUGUUUUUGCUACCGCAAUUGAAGAGGCUGAUAAAUUCCUCGAAUCACUUGGAUCUUCUUGGUCUUUGCAGGAAGAACUCUCCAAGUCAGAAUCGGACUCUCGCAUCGACGAGCCAGCCAUCAGUCAGCCAACAUGCACUGCUGUACAGCUGGCACUCGUGCAGCUCCUCCGAGCAUUUGGGAUCACACCUUCGAAAGUAAUGGGACAUAGCUCGGGAGAAAUCGCCGCCGCAUUCGCCGCCGGUAUGAUAUCGUUCAAGUCGGCUUUGGCAAUCGCAUUCCUCCGAGGACAGGCAGCGACCAAAGUCCUUGAAGAUACCGACAUCUCUGGUAGUAUGCUGGCUAUUGGGAUAGGCGCCGAAGGCGCACGUGAGCUCUUCCCAGAGGACGACGAGGGCUAUGCUACGAUCGCUGCAUACAACAGCGCGAACAGUGUGACCAUCUCCGGCGACGACGCAGCUAUCGAAGCCAUCCAGAAGAAAGCCGAAGAUCGGGGAUUGUUUGCACGAAAGCUUCGAACUGGUAUAGCCUACCACUCGAGACACAUGGAGAAGGUGGCGGAAGAUUACGCAUCCAUGAUUGAAGACUACUUCCCGUCCGACUCGCCAGUCGUAUCGCCAGAUGAAGACCCCGUCUUCGUCUCUUCCGUCACGGGGUUGCGUGAGCCCAAAGAAAUCGUCGCGGAUUCCUCUUAUUGGGUUCGGAACAUGCUCCAGCCAGUCCUAUUCACCGAGGCUUUGGAAGAGCUGCUCUCGAUGGAUGAAGAUUCCGAGCAGAGUCUACGCUCGUCCAUGCUUGUCGAAAUCGGUCCUCAUGCAGCGUUGCAAAACCCCAUUAGAGAUACGCUCAAGCGCCUGGCUCCUCCACAGGUCAUGUACGCCCCGUCACUCGUCCGCAAGACUGAUGAUGUUGAGUCCAUCUUGGACCUCACUGCACGUCUCUUCAAAUCCGGACUCGACGUCGAUUUCGGUGUCGUCAAUCAGAUCAGCGCAUCCUCUGCCAGGGUUCUCGUAGAUCUACCGCCAUACGAAUGGAAUAAAUCCACCAGCUUCCGACACCAGUCACUGCUGACACGAAAGAAGCUACACCCAGACUUUCCCUACAACACUUUACUCGGCUGGAAGAAUUCCUCUGAUGGCCACUUGGACCACUCCUUCCGGCAGGUCUUCACUCUUGAUGACAUGCCAUGGCUGCGAGAUCAUAUCGUCGGCGGCGAUGUCAUCUUUCCCAUGGCCGGGUAUCUUUGCAUGGCUGCAGAAGCCAUACGAUUGAUUUCUCGCUCUCCUCCAACGAGCCUUCUUUUGCGCGAUAUCCAGGUCAAGACGGCUUUGACCAUAUUGGAAGAGGAACAAGUGCAGUUGACGACAAGAAUCCGGCCGUCGGGUUCUACCAUCUCGGAAGAGCGAAGUUUCGAAAUCAUUUCUCUAUCUGCCUCUGAUGACUGGGUCGUGCACUGUCAGGGCACCAUCAAGCCAGAGUACUCUUCAGUCGAAAGUGCUUUGACAGCACAGAUCGAGGCAGUCAUUGCCGAUCAAGCYGAGUUGGAGGAGUGCAAUGUCGAAGAAGAGUAUGCAGCAAUGAAGCGAUCAGGAAUCAGUUGGGGUCCUUUGUUCCAGGGGAUGACCAGCUUGCGUGCAAAGAAAGGAGCAACAGUUCAUACCGUUGGCUUGCGACCUACCGAUCAUGAGCGCUUCUUUACUGACAAGUCUCCGGUGACUGUGGACGCGCCGAUCCUCGACUCUUUCAACCACAGUGUUGGACUUGUGCAAGGUCGUGAGGGAGCAAAGAGCAACAUUACGGUGCCUACCUUUAUCAAUCGUGCCCGCAUCUCGAACAGGAUCACGAGCGACAACUUCACCAUUGGAACCAUCAUGCCCAGCCAGGACUCAAAGUCCGGAAAUUGUACACUAAACGUGUGUGCGUUCGCCGCCGGGGAAGAUGGAAGUCUGCAGGAGCCGGUAUUGGAAGUUGAGGGUCUCCAGCUGAGGUGCAUUUCAAAGGCGGAGCACUCCUCUGCAGAUGGUCCUGUACCACGGAGCUAUAUGUGGACUAAGAUUCCCAGUCUUGAUCUCGCAGAUGAUGCCGAUCUCGUCAAGAUGUUGCCCCCUAUUCCAGCCGACGAAGCAGAGAUGCAGGAAGAUAUUCGCGUCCGCGAUGUGGGUAUCUACUACACUGCUCAAGCCCUGGAAGCAGUCAAGGACAAGGACAUGUCGCAUCUACCACCUCACUUUUCGAAAUGGUUCGCGUGGGCGCACCACAUGGUCGACAAGUGGCCGCUGGACAUGGAACAGGUGAAAGCUACGAUACCGGAGGUAUCACAAGGUAGCUCCCAAGGCCAGAUAAAUUGCAUGGUGGGCGAGGAGCUCGUGAGGAUCCUGAACGGCGAGGUCGAGCCCCUUGAGGUGAUCUUACGAGACGGCCUGCUCACCCGCUAUUACGAAGAACACCRGCCGACCGUCCGUGGUGCUGAAGGUAUCGCUCGCUAUGUCCGCAUUCUCGCGGGCAUGAAACCCGAUUUGGSAGUUUUGGAGAUCGGAGGCGGCACUGGAAGUACCGCACCUGCAACGUUGGAGRCAUUGGAAAGUCAAGCCCUGGUCGACGCUCCCUGGCACUACACCUUUACCGACAUUUCUGCCGGCUUCUUUCCCAACGCCAAAGAAAAGCUUCGACAGUUCGGUACAGAGAGGGUGACAUAUCAGAAACUGGACAUCAGUCAAGAUCCCGUGCAACAAGGGUUUGCCAGUGCAUCUUACGAUCUUAUCAUUGCUGGCCUCGUGCUUCAUGCAACCCCAAAUAUAGAAGAGACCCUUCAGAACGCUCGUUCACUGCUCAAACCCGGGGGAAGACUGAUCAUGCUGGAGUUUGUCGACCCUGAUGGCGCGCUCCUACCGUUCACACUUCUUCCCGGCUGGUGGAAUGCCGAAGAUCAAUAUCGUUCACCCUUGGGACCAGAAUUGACCGCGGAUUCAUGGAAUAUGGCUCUUCAGGAAGCAGGGUUUUCCGGCAUUGAUCACUCGUUCUCCGUUUCGGACAACCCGAUCACUAAAUCCCCUGUUAUGUCUGUCAUGUGUUGUUCCAGAGUAGACACAGAUCCUUCGUCGGAAUCGGUUGGAGAAGCCUGCAAAGUAACAAUCGUGGGCGACUUGGAUUUGGAUACGUCCGACUUCGUAACAUCGAUUUCCGACGAAGUCAAAGCUAGCUGCUGCUCGGUCGUAUCAGACGUCACGACUCUGCAUGACUUUGCCGCCAGCGAUGAGCAGUACUGCAUCUACAUCGACCAAGCAGAUAACAGUCUGCUCAAGGAUCUGUCCGAGACGUCCUUUGAAGCUCUCAAAUCAACCCUUCUGAACACAGGUGGCUUGUUGUGGGUCAUUCCGGAGGGAGCAUCUCCAGACGCACACCUGAUCACCGGCAUGCUCCGCGCGAUGCGGCUGGAGGAUACCUCGAAGAAUUUCCUCCUUCUUACCGAAGUUCCGCAGAAUGCUACAGGAGCACGGACAGUGGUUCGCGUUGCAAAGCAAUUGCUCUCGGGAACCAUAGCGGCCGACGACGAGCAGGAAUUCAUAUGGUCUGACAAUCUCAUCAUGCUGCCACGCCUGAAAGAAAACUUGGUUGCAAAGGAGAAGUUUGAGCUGGAGGCUGGCAGUCUUGUGCGUAAAGAACGAUCUCUGUGGCGGGACGACGACACAACCGGUCUGGAGCUGAAUGUCGAGAACGUUGGUGACCCCAGUACGAUUUACUUCCGUGAGCUUAAGAUAUCCGAUCAAGAUUUGGGCGACGACGAGCUUCUCGUUCGAGUGGAAGCAGCGAGUCUAAAUGUCCGGGAUCUGCAGGUCAUUAAUGGGAGCUUGCCAUGGACGACUCCCGGUCUCGAGGGUGUUGGUACAGUGCUCCACACGGGAACCAGUGUUGCUGAGCUCGAAGAGGGAGACCGUGUCAUGUUCUUGACAGAAGAAGGAGCGAUGGCAACACAUAUCCGUCUACUCACUCACAACAUCUGCAAGUUGCCGGCUGAGAUGACAAACACUGACAUUGCUGGCUUCCCCCUCGCCUACGCCACAGCCCACAUUGCUCUUUCGCAUACUGCUCAGGUGACGCAGGAAGACACAGUCCUUAUACAUGGGGCUGCGGACACGGUCGGGCGGAUGUGCAUUGCAGUGGCCCAAAGCCUGGGAGCGACAGUGUUCGCAUCUGCCAGGACGGCUGACGAACGCUCAGAUAUAUGCACCAACUUUGGAAUUCCGAGCAGCAAUGUCUUCUCCUGCGACGCUUCUGACGUCCGCGAGGGCAUUUUGAAAGCAACACAGGGACAAGGCGUCCAUGUGCUGAUCAACAACACGAGCAACGACGAACUCAUGCAACAAUCAGCGGAUGUCGUUGCGAAUUUUGGUCGGUGGGUGAACUUACGAACCGCGGACCAGCAGAGAUACAAUGGCACCCGUGUGAAUCAUGCCCUGAUGGCCCGUAACGUCACGCUGAGCAAGAUGGACAUGCAUCAGUUCAUCAAACAUCGACCGCAACUCGUUGCCGAGAGCCUUCGAGAGGGCGUGAAAGUGUUGCAAAGCGACGUUGGCGAGACCCUCUUGCAUGGCCAGACAACCCUACCGAUCUCACAACUCACUGCAGGCAUGCAAAAGUUGCAAUCUGACACAGACCACAAGAUUUUGUUAACCAUGGGUCAGGACGAGUCCGUUAUUGGAGAAGCACAAUCUUCUAUGCAAAAGUCCGGUCCGCUGCUGAGUAGCGACGCAACAUAUCUCAUCUCGGGUGGUACAGGAGGCAUUGGCCGGUCGUUGGCAGUGUGGAUGUUCGAGCACGGGGCAGGAAAUGUUGUCCUGCUGGGCAGAAGUGGUGCAUCUCGUCCAGAGGUGGCCGAGCUACUCUCAACGUACAGCGGAUUACGGGCAAUCGAAUGCGAUGUCAGCGACCGAGACGCCUUGGCGAAAGCUUUAGAGGAUAUCCAGGACUUGCCGCCUGUCCGUGGAGUCGUACAUGGAGCAUUGUACAUCCGAGACUCGCUCCUGGUCAACCACACCUACGAAGACUGGACCCGCAUCACGAGCCCCAAAGUUCAAGGCGCAUGGAGUCUUGACGCACUAUUACCAGACCUAGACUUCUUCAWCUCGCUCGCCUCGAUGAACUCCGUCAUUGGACUUGUGGGAGUGACCAUUUACUCUKGAACAUCAUCGUUCUUGGAGGCAUUCACCAAACAUCGCCUCCAUCAAGGCCAGCCAGCAACAACAAUCCAUCUUCCGGUAGUCGAAGGAACCGGCUAUGUGGAGGAACGCAAUAUGACCGAGGAGAUGAGAAAGACGCAUGGUAUCUCGCUCAAAAUGUCUCACAUUGAGACAUUGGUCCAAGGAGCCAUCAUCGGCUCCAGCUCCGGGCUGAGUCCAGAUGGCAUCGCCAUAAGUGGUGUUCUUUGGCCGAUGAACAGAGGUAUGCGAUGGGAGCAUUGGCCUCAUGUGCGAGCCUUGACUACGGGUCUGCUUGCAGGUCGAGAUUCGGCCGAUGAGCACGAUAAAAGCCGUGGUGGAUCGAAGGGUGCUGUAGGAGAGUCCAGCGCGGAUCUGUUGGAAGGUUUGAUUGCCAAAGUGGCUGAGAUGACGAUGAUGGAGAUUGAGGAGAUUCCGGCCGAGAUGCCUCUGGGUCAGUUGGGGUUGGACUCUCUGGUAGCUGUUGAAUUGCGGAACUGGAUCAAGAGGGAGGGUAAGGUGGAGCUACCAUUGACGAAGAUUGUUGGGGCGAAGAAUUUGAAGGCGUUGGCGGAGCAUGUGGCGUCUUGUUAG